AUUUCGUAGGUACAGCCACUAAGUUCCCGAUGACGCCCUACCUCUAAUGUAGCAACUGGGAUGCUCAAGUGCCCAUGCCGGCCGUCACCACCUUCGGCCGCCUCCACCCAGAAGAGUGGAGUCAAGAUUCAUUUUCUUUCAUUACUCUACCUCAUCAGAAUUCAAAAGCUCAUAAACAAGGAAACGACAAUAUAUUUACAGAUUGGACAAACAUAGCUUGCCAGAAACAGAAAGUAGAAGGUAUUUUGGAAAAUGUUAACAGAAAAAUGUACGCAAAAUAA